AUGGCUUCCACCACUCUCUCAGCCAAGAUUGCCUCAUCCGCGCUGCUCGGCUCGUCCGCACAGCUCUCCAGCAAUGCGACCCUCUCGGGCGCAAAGCUCUCCGGAGCUCCCCCCGCGGGCCGCGCGCGCGUGACAUGCAUGGCGGAGGACCGCUGGGCGGGGCUUGGGCGCGACAUUUCCGACGAUCAGCAGGACAUCACGCGCGGGAAGGGCAUGGUGGACGCGGCGUUCCAGGGCGGGUGGGGACAGGGCACGCACGCCGCCGUGCUCAGCUCUUAUGACUACCAGAGCCAGGGCCAGCGCAAUCUGAGCAACGUGACCGCCGAGGGGCUGUACAUCGCGCCGGCGUUCAUGGACAAGAUGGUGGUGCACAUCUGCAAAAACUUCAUGGCGCUGCCCAACAUCCGCGUGCCGCUCAUUCUCGGCAUCUGGGGUGGCAAGGGCCAGGGCAAGUCCUUCCAGUGCGAGCUGGUGUUCGCGAAGAUGGGCAUCAACCCCAUCAUGAUCUCUGCGGGAGAGCUCGAGAGCGGCAACGCCGGAGAGCCCGCUAAGCUCAUUCGCCAGCGUUACCGCGAGGCGUCGGACCUGAUCAAGAAGGGCAAGAUGUGCGCGCUGUUCAUCAACGAUCUCGACGCGGGCGCGGGGCGCAUGGGCGGCACGACGCAGUACACGGUGAACAACCAGAUGGUCAACGCCACGCUCAUGAACAUCGCCGACAACCCCACCAACGUCCAGAUGCCUGGCAUUUACAACAAGGAGGAGAUCAACCGCGUGCCAAUCAUCGUCACCGGAAACGACUUCUCAACGCUCUACGCGCCGCUCAUCCGCGACGGACGCAUGGACAAGUUCUACUGGGCGCCCACGCGCGACGACCGCAUCGGCGUGUGCUUGGGAAUCUUUAAAGAAGACAACGUGUCGGAGGCUGACGUCGUCCAGCUCGUGGACACCUUCCCCGGCCAAUCCAUUGACUUUUUCGGGGCGCUGCGCGCGCGUGUGUACGACGAUUUGGUCCGCAACUGGGUGGGGUCGAUCGGGAUUGAGAACAUGGGCAAGAAACUGGUCAACUCGCGCUCUGGCCCUCCGGAAUUCGAGAAGCCGAGCAUGCCUCUGUCUACUCUCCUGGAGUACGGUCACCUCCUGGUUUCCGAGCAGGAGAACGUGAAGCGGGUGCAGCUUGCUGACACCUACCUUAACGAGGCGGCUCUUGGGAAUGCCAAUGCGGAUGCCAUUUCCCGGGGGACGUUCGACGGAGGCAGGACUCCCGCUCCUGCUCCCCCUGCUCCUGCUGCGCCCAGGGCCGCUGCUGCUCCGCCUGCUCGUGCCGCUGCGCCGGCAGCAGGGGGAGCGGCAGGGGGAGCGUCUGGGCUGGAGGGCAAAUCGCUGGGGGAGCUGCGGGCGCUCGCCAGGCAGAGGGGCGUGCGGGGGGAUACCAAGGCGGAGCUUAUUAAGGCCCUUUCUACUGCCCCUGCUGCUGCUGCGGCCGCUCCUGCCGCUGCUGCUGCUCCCGCUGGCAACGGUGCUGCCAAGUUGAGUGAACCCCUUCCUCACCAUCCUUGCCAUUUUCCUCCCCUCGUCCCCUCCCUGCUCACCCACAGGGCGACGCCCAUCGCAGCCUCGUCGUUGGCCAACAAGACGCUGGGCGAGCUGAGGGCGCUGACCUGUCAUAUGGAUGUGUUGUCCUUAAACCCUUUACCAGUCCUGCUCACCAUCCUUAACUUCUUCCCCUCGUCCCCUCCCUUGAUCACCCACAGGGCGACGCCCAUCGCAGCCUCAUCGUUGGCCAACAAGACGCUGGGCGAGCUGAGGGCGCUGGCCCGCCAGAGAGGCGUGCGUGGCGACACCAAGGCUGAGCUCAUCUCACUGCUCUCUAAAUAG